AUGCCGUUCAGCGAAUUUGGAGUCGAUCCUGACCUGAAUCGAGCAUGCCUUGACCUAGGGUGGGUGCUGCCGACGCCGAUACAGGCGGAGGCAAUCCCCGCGAUUCUAGGCGGUCGCGAUGUUUGCGCAGCGGCGGAAACAGGAAGCGGCAAGACCGCAGCUUUUGCGUUGCCGUGUCUGCAGCUUGUCCACGAGACGCUGAGGGAGCGUGCUUCGGGAAACCGCCGAAAACGAGAGGGUGUUGAUAAUGCUGGCGCUGAGCAGAGUUCGACGGAAGCCGUCGAAUCUGAAUCGGCCGAUGCUGACGAUAACCUGUUAACCGUAGAUGGUGAUUCUGAAAUGCAGUUCGAUGCUACUACCAACACGUUUUCCACUAGUGCUGACAAAUGGUACGGAGCCCGUAUAUGUAAACCUGUAGGCGGCACUGGUCGCUACUCCUUCGAGUGCAGGGUGGAAUCAGACGGGCUUUGCAGGUUCGGAUGGGCCACGGGCAGCUGCCAGUACGCGAUUGGUCUCGACAAAAACUCGUACGGUUUCGGGUCUACUGGGAAAAAGAGCAAUGGCGGAAAGUUCCAGGAUUAUGGCGCGCCUUUUGGACGUGGUGAUGUAGUACAGUGUUUGUUGGAUAUGCGGUCAGGCGAGGUGGCUUUUAAGCUCAACCAGCGCCAUCUGGGCGUUGCUUACAAAAUACGAAACCCGGGCGAGCCGUUCUUUCCAUCAGUUUGCGCGAAAAAGGGCAUAUUUACUGUAAAUGUGCACAAAAUGACAUUCCCCGAGGAAGGAUACACUCCAGUUGGGUUAGCAGGGAGCUCGGCCGGUUCCGCCGGCCCCAGUGAUUCCGAUGGCCGCAGGGCCCAGCGUGCCCUCUGCCUUGUUGUGGAACCGACGAUAGAGCUAGCGAGACAAACGUUGGAAAACUUCAAGUUGUACGCAAAAUAUCUCACAGCGCCCGUUAUUACAGUCUCUGAUAACGCGGGGGCGCAUAUCGUAGUUACCACGUUGAGGAGCGCCAGCAAGGUCCCAACCGAUACGGUGCAGUUCCUCGUCCUGGACGAAGCCGACGAACUCAUAAAUCAGGACUCAAAGGCAACGUCGCAAAUUGUACGCAGUAUGCGCAGCCGAGGAUCGGGCGCAGAUAAAGGCCGCCUGCAGGUGCUGCUGUUCUCCGCGACGCUGCACAGUCCCGUAGUCACAGAAAACGUGGAGCAGCUUACCCGCGAAGCUCAGUGGAUUGACCUCAAGGGUCAUCCGCAAAUAGCUGACACGGUGGAUGUUUGCGCGGUGCAGCUGAACCCAGAUUGCACGUAUGACUUCGAGCGCCAGUACCCUGAGCCGCCUCUGGACGGACUCGAGCACCUCGACCGUGCAUCGCGCCGUAUAAAGACACUGAAACCAAAGUGUCUCGUGGCGCUGCUCGAUAAGCUCAACGUCGCCAGCGGUCUCAUUUUCUGCCGCACCAACCUCGACUGUGACAACCUCUGCACGUACCUGGCGCACCUCAACAGCACGCGCAGCAACACGCUGGUCAACCGCUACUCGGCAACACAGCUUGGCGGGAAACUAGAUCAGUACCGGCGUAAGAGGAACUUGGAGGAUUUCAAGAACGGCAUAUACAGGUUCCUCGUAUGCACGGACGUUGCCGCCCGCGGUGUCGACAUCGCCGGCAUGCCUUUCUGCGCCAUGCUGAACGUAUCGGAGUGUAAAUUCCAGUUCUUGCACCGCGUAGGCAGGGUUGGGCGCUCGCAGGCGAGAGGGCUGGCAAUCGUUAUCGCAAGUGCGGCACCCGAGCGUGUCUGGUACCACACCUGCACGGGACGGGCGCAGGGAGGUGGACCCAAAUCUCGCUUCAAAGCUGCGUCGGUGUGCCGAAACUACGACACUGUGGACCGCGGCGGAUGCACUAAAAUACAGGACGAGCUUGCGUACAUGGCGGAGGUGCACAAGCUUGUGCCCCCGGGCAGGGAAAUAGGUACCAUAGAUGCAAAUGUGCUCAAGCUGCCUCCGUUAGGAAACACGCAGUACGGCGAGGCCACGAUGUCCAUGCAGCACACGGAGUUCCAGGGGCCCAUCCAGGAGCUGUACCGAGCAUCGCAACGGCGGUACCUCGUAAACAUCAAUCGACUCUUCUAG